CAAAUAAAUUCAAUAGCUUAUCUAUACCCUGUUUUCCAUUCGUAAAUUUAUUUCUCGGAACCCGUGAGUCUUUAUCUUUAGGGAAAGUAUGUUUAAUUUUUUUCCCUUAUAUCUCGUCAUUAUUAUAUUUUCACGAACAUGUGGCACAAAAGCCUAUUACAAUACGUCAUAACUACUAACGUCUAUACAUAAACUAAUUUUGAAUAUCUUGUCACUGCGAAUAAAAUGUAAAUGGCGUCAUACAGCACCCUUCCCCCUCCUGAUUGGCAGCGACACCAAAUGUAGUAAACGAAAACACAAGUGGAGACUAUUGAAUGUAUUUGAACGCAAAAUUACAGAACGUCGUAGUAAAAUCUGAGAACCAUACAGUAGAUACUUCAAUUGCAAAAUGUCAAUCAGUUGUCUCAGACUUUAUUGUUCCUUCGUUUCUAUACCAAUCAUUUUUGUUCUCGCUGUCUUCGAUCUUAACUUUCUGCCGCCCGGCAUUUCACUUUUGAAUGGUGAUACAUACAACUUAUAUCUGUCGAUAUCAGUAGCAUGCCACACUACUACCUAAUAUUAUUGAGCACUGCACUCAACUGGUUCCCGAAUCGAAGGUACCUGGAGAACACGCAAAUAUAUCCCAAAGCAGACAGCAAAUUGAAUUAAUGCACUGAGGAAAUGUCAGUGUGUAGAUAAAUUUUACACCGGAAAAUACAAGUUUUUUUUCGGCACCUCCACUAGUGACGACUGAUCUGAAAUGGACUACUCAGCCAGCAUUAACAUGGUUUUUUUUAACUUGCCUUCAUCAGGUCGGUUUUUCUAAUUGAAAUAUAGUAAGACGUAACUUGAAUUACAGUUGGUUUUUAAUGGACUUUUUCUAUCGAUUUGGUAAGUGUUUCCCACCUAGUCUUGUAAUAUAUAUUAGGAAUUUAAUAUGUUACAUUGAGACGUUUACAUUCUGUAAGUGGUCUUUUUAACGCUGAAUGCAUUAAGAUCAACCAUCUAACCUCUUUAUUUAUUGAGCUAUGGAAAUUAGUAAGUCGAAUUUUCGUUCAUUAUUUUUAGGCAAUUAGCACGGAAUCCAUGAGUACUGUAGGUGAAGAUCCAUCAGAAAUCCAAUUACCGGAAAUUGUUGAUGAAUUGGAUUAUCAAUACAGAACUGCAAACUGGCUUAUUAAAACCAGAGAGCCAUUUUGCCUUGGAGAUGAUGUGAGAGGACAACUUAUGUCUCUCUUACGCAAACAAAGUGAAUUUUCACGGACGUUGUUUAAAGAUAAAGGUGUUUUUAAAGUUCCGUUUAAUGAAUCUAUGCUAUUUAAAGAAGACGGAUACGGAGAGUAUGCUUUGGAUUGGUUUCCUCCAAGUGAUCAAUCAAUAAUCCCAACCAAUAUUGUUGUCUAUGUUCAUGGAGGGUAUUGGCAGUUGGUUGGUUGGGAAGAAUCCAGUAGUUGGGCAGUUCCUGUUACAAAUGCUGACAGUAUAUUCGUCUCUUUGUCUUACAGGUUAGCUCCAAAAGAAAAGUUAGAGGCGAUGCCACAAAGCCUAUGUCUCGGAAUGCAGAAAGUUAUAACUCUUACGCAUAAAAUGUUUGGUAACUUGGAUUAUACGAAGCUCCGCAUAACCCUAGUUGGACAUUCUGCCGGUGCACACUUAGUUCUGGAAAUGUUAUAUUGGGCUCAUAUGGAACUCAAAUCAAAUAAUAAUUGGCUAUGCUGUUUGCAAAACCUUGUUUUAAUGUCAGGAGUUUAUGACCUACGUCCAAUUAUCCACACUUACGUAAAUAAAGCAAUAAAGUUCAAAACGGUUGAGGAGGCUUUGUCUGUCAGUCCAAUCCGACACUUCAUUCAAGACGGUCCAAAUCUACUGCUCAGUAAAUCACUUCAUUGGAUUGUUGCUUGGGCAGAGUACGAAUCACCAGCUAUGAAGGAACAAUCUAAAUCCCUAGUGGACUUGUUGAGUAAUGCAUCAAGAAGUGGACAGGGUUCAUAUUUGCAAUUUACCUAUGAAACGUUUUACAUGUCAAAUGAAGAUCAUUUUACUUCACUUCUCGGUCUGCAUGAUGGUCCAACUCACAGUGCCAUCCUCAAAAAAAUCAUAGAUCUGAUCAAAGUCAAGCCCAUUUAGUUGGAUCUCACAAUAUAAAAUCAUAGAAUGAGACAUUGAUUUUAAAGCAAAUAUUUUCAAUGAAAUUAUAUUUUUAUAUAUGCGACCGUUUUAAUUUUCUAAAUAAAUUAUUUGAAAAUACAAUAAUAGCAGUAAGAGUCGCGAAUACUUACUAGAUGAUAAGUUUAUAUUAAUUAACCGAAAGCUAUAACAAGCCCAGUAAGAAACUACUGUUACUUCUACACACUGACCACAAGAUAUAUUCAACAUCUUUGUACUGGCACCAAGUUUGAUAUUUAGUUACAAAUGUGACGCAACUAAUUUUCAAAUUUAAUGUGAUAGAACCUAGUAAACUACUGUGUUAUGGUAAUAAAUUUUCAAAGGCAGUGUGAUAUUUGAUGGUAGCUAGAUCAAUCAAACUAACCUUUAACAAUUUAGUUUGCGCAAAUAGACUGUAGCUGUUGAUAUGUAAAUGAACUGUCAGUCACAGUUAUCUAGUUUUACCAAAGAUUUAUUCUAGGCAAAAUCGUUUCUUAAUCACGAGUCAUUAAGUUAUUAUAAGAAAUUUGCCUUAUCUUCCAAGUUAAUGUUUUUCCUCACAGGGAGGUUGAUUAUGAAUACAGUG